AUGAAAUAUGAAGCCGCUUACAUAGCACUGGAGACGUGCAAGCUAAGCCAGCGCCCCAGCAGCGGCGAGUCCCACCUGUCAGCCAAUGCCCUCAGGAUGCCAUUUGUACUGCCGCGGAGACGCUCUAGGAGCGAUGCGCUCCGCUUCCGAAUUAUCGCGUGGAAGCCGUCGGUGUGCGCUUCCGCAAACAUGGUUGACGCGCUGCAGAACCGCGGCAGGCCAAGUAGCACCCUGAACGCAUUGUUGUACUGCACACGCAGUGCGCUGUACUUAUGCCGAGUGGAGGAGAUGCGUCAAUCGCUGCGCAUCAUCGAGCAGUGCCUCAACCAGAUGCCGCCUGGAGAGGUCAAGACCGACGACGCCAAGCUCACGCCGCCCUCCCGCGCCGAGAUGAAGACAUCAAUGGAAGCCCUGAUCCACCACUUCAAGCUGUUCACGCAAGGCUACCAGGUGCCUCCCGGCGCCACCUACACAGCGGUCGAAGCGCCGAAGGGCGAGUUUGGCGUGUACCUCGUCUCAGACGGUAGCUCCAAGCCAUACAGGUGUAAAAUCAAGGCGCCCGGUUUCGCCCACUUAGCAGCUUUGGAAAAGGUCGGCAAGAACUCCAUGUUAGCUGACAUCGUGGCCAUUAUCGGAACCCUGGACGUCGUGUUCGGAGAAAUCGACCGAUGAACCGGUUUUGGUAACCAGAAAACAGGUUUUGUUUGGGUGUUGAUUUAGUGGAAAUUAUGAGGCAUUUUUGU